GGGAGGGGGGAGAGAGAGAGGGAGGGAGAGAGAGGGAGAGAGGGAGAGAGAGGGAGAGAGCGAGAGAGAGAGAGAGAGAGAGAGAGAGAGAGAGAGAGAGAGAGAGAGGGAGAGAGAGAGAGGGAGAGAGCCUAAGCCUCUAAGUGUAAUGUAUUGUUUUCUGUGAAAGGGCAGGCUGCACCCUUUUCCCCCUCCUGAACUCUGAACCGCUCGUUGUGUCAGAACUUUUAGGAGGAGUCAUUGACUUGGGUCACAGGAAAGACAGGGGAGAGAAGGAGAAGAAAAGGAGAGCGACAGUAGAGAAGUAGAGCAGUGAGAGGGACCUCCGGGUCAUUUCACAGAGACAGAAGGGGAAAGAGGUCAACUCUAUUACUUUUCCUGGAAGUGAACUCAAAAACGUAUUUAGUAUGAUUAGAAACUAAAGUGUUAUAGCUGAAGAUUUUCAGAGAAAAGAGGAGAGCACUCGGUGAGUGGACAGGCGUGUGUAAGAGAGAGUGUGUGUGUCGGCCGUUUAGCUCAGAUAUGGCCAUGGUGAGCGGGGGAUGGGGCAAUCCUAACCGGGAGACCAACGGACUGGGUGGGGAGAAGGCUUACCUGCGUGGAGAUGAGGAGGGCUCGCCCCAGGCCGGGAGCGAUGUGGAGGUGGGAGACGAAGACAAGGCGUGCGUGGUGGACUGCGUGGUGUGUGGGGACAAGUCCAGUGGGAAACACUAUGGGGUGUUCACCUGCGAGGGCUGUAAGAGCUUCUUCAAGAGGAGCAUCAGAAGGAAUCUCAACUACUCCUGCAGGUCGAAUCGAGAAUGCCAGAUAGACCAGCAUCACCGCAACCAGUGCCAAUACUGCCGGCUGAAGAAAUGCUUCCGUGUUGGCAUGCGCAAAGAAGCAGUCCAGCGUGGGCGUAUCCCUCCAUCCCACUCAGGCAUCAGUCCCACUUCUUUGGUCGGCGGAGGUGGUGGUACUGGGGCCGGGCCAGUAGGGGGCGAAUUCUUCAACGGCCAGCCAGUGUCUGAGCUCAUCUCCCAGCUGCUCCGUGCUGAACCGUACCCCAGCAGCCGCUAUGGUCCCCAGUACGGCCAGCAGCAGCAGAUGCAAGGUGCUGGAGGAGGCUCCGUCAUGGGCAUCGACAACAUCUGUGAGCUGGCGGCACGCCUCCUCUUCAGCACCAUCGAGUGGGCCAGGAACAUCCCCUACUUCCCUGAGCUGCCCGUCUCUGAGCAGGUGGCUCUGCUGAGACUGAGCUGGAGCGAGCUGUUCAUCCUGAACGCAGCCCAGUCCGCCCUGCCGCUACACAUGGCCCCACUGCUGGCCGCCGCCGGCUUCCACUCCUCGCCCAUGUCAGCAGAGAGGGUGGUGUCCUUCAUGGACCAGGUGAGGGUGUUCCAGGACCAGGUGGACAAGCUGACCCGACUUCAGGUGGACUCGGCAGAGUACAGCUGCCUCAAGGCCAUCGCCCUCUUGUCUCCAGAUGCGUGUGGUCUGACAGACCCCGUCCACGUAGAGUCUCUGCAGGAGAAGGCCCAGGUGGCUCUGAUGGAGUACGAGAGGAUGCAGUACCCGGGUCAACCCCAGCGCUUCGGCCGUCUGCUCCUCCGCCUGCCUGCCCUCAGGGCCGUGCCCGCCAACCUCAUCUCCCAGCUGUUCUUUAUGCGCCUGGUGGGCAAGACGCCCAUCGAGACCCUCAUCAGGGACAUGCAACUCUCUGGGAGCUCCAUUAGCUGGCCUUACGUCCCUGGGCAGUGAGGACAAGAGCCUGGGACCCACAGGACCCUGGAGGAACCUGGAAACUGGAACCCAGAAUGGGAUGGAGAGGGAUUAGCCACUGAUGUCAUUAAUGUCUAAAUUCUUGAGGAUUUAGUAGAGGAGGACUAUAUUGCUACUCACUCACACAGAGUCAAACACUGAGCUUCCAGUGAAUGGAGCUGGAAUCAAACCAUUGGUAGUUUAGCUGUCCGUGUAUUUCAAGGAAAUUAUUAAUUUGUCUUGGAGUAUAUUUCCUGAUCUGUAUCAUGACUUCUCUGAAUGACCUGUCUGAAACACAGAACAGGGUUCUAGAACACAGAACAGGGCUCUGAAACACAGAACAGGGCUCUGAAACACAGAACAGGGCUCCGGAACACAGAACAGGGCUACAAAACACGGAACAGGGCUCUGGAACACAGAACAGGGCUCUGAAACACAGAACAGGGCUCUGAAACACAGAACAGGGCUCUGAAACACAGAACAGGGUUCUAGAAUACAGAACAGGGCUCUGGACCACAGAACAGGACUCUGGAACCACAGAACAGGACUCUGGAACACAGAACAGGGUUCUGAAACACAGAACAGGGCUCCAGAACACAGAACAGGGCUACAAAACACGGAACAGGGCUCUGAAACAGAGAACAGGGCUCUGAAACACAGAACAGGACUCUGGAACACAGAACAGGGCUCUGAAACACAGAACAGGGCUCUGAAACACAGAACAGGGUUCUAGAAUACAGAACAGGGCUCUGGACCACAGAACAGGACUCUGGAACCACAGAACAGGACUCUGGAACACAGAACAGGGUUCUGAAACACAGAACAGGGCUCCGGAACACAGAACAGGGCUACAAAACACGGAACAGGGCUCUGAAACAGAGAACAGGGUUCUGAAACACAGAACAGGACUCUGGAACACAGAACAGGGCUCUGGAACACAGAACAGGGCUCUGAAAGACAGAACAGGGCUCUGAAACACAGAACAGGGCUCUGAAACACAGAACAGGGCUCUGAAACACAGAACAGGGCUCUGAAAGACAGACUGUAACUAAAGGCCCAGUGCCACUACUACCUCCAUCCCCAUGGCGCCCGACGCGACUCUGACCCCAGGCUCUGUGGGGCUCUCUGGCUGCUGUGUUAGGCCCCUGGGUCUCAUGUGGGACCCUAUUCCCCUUAGCUACAGUGCAUAGGGCUCUGGUACUCAAACACAGUGCACUGUGAAGGGAAUAGGGUGCCAUUUGAGAUUCAGACACAGUGAUUAUGAAGCCACAGACACGCCACAUACUGCCAUUGUAUUGUGUUUUGUCCUGACCUCUCUAUUCAUGUAAAUCGUUGACUUUGAUUUACAUUCAUCUUGAGCUUAUAGUGUAAAAUGUAAUGUGUACAUUAUGCAUAUGUGGUCAUGUUAAAUCUCUGAACAUUAUGCAAAUAGCGGGCUCUCUCCAUAGUAUAAGCAAUAGCAUACAUGCUACAGUACAUGCUAUGGUGCCCGAACACUUGCACAAGCUAGCAGAGGUGAAUGUAUAUGAUAGAUAACCCCUCACACGCAUCCGGAGUCACAACGAGUCGCCCCUGUCUUAUACGUUGUUACCUCAAGUUGCAUACCAGUGACAGAGAUUGUAUAGUGGAUUACCUGACAAUAGAACCCUUGCAUUCUUAAACGGAACUCAGAACCCUCCGUGAUGUGAUGGAUGACAAACCCAAAGGGAUCAAAGCCUCGUACACACCAGCAUUAUGUCAUGAGCCUGAAAGUAAACUAACUGUAGGGUUGGCCUUGUCACAGGGCCUAUCAGAAGGCUCGGUGGAGCCAUGACCGUACUGCUUCGACCUGAAGGGUAGGGGGCUCGGGGAAGCGGUUGCUUUCAGAUCAGACAUUUCAUGUGAUCGUCAUACAAUGUAACUAAAGGUACAGACCCCUUUAAGGACUAAAGGGUGUGCUGUGUAUUAACAGUAAAACUACGGUACAGUGCACAAGGCUAAGUGCAUACUCUUAGUGAUAUUGGCCUGGACUGCAAUUUCAUGUGACCAUGCUUCUUUUUCUUUUUUUUUGCCAAAUGACUUACUCAGAGUGGACGUAUGAAUACCUGAAAUCAAAGAAUCUGUUUUACUCUGAUGGGAUUCUGACUAACGACUUCAUUGUGUAGUUCUACAUAAGAAUCAUGUUUUUAUUGCGAUGUCAAACCAAAAUGUAAAGAAAAUUGCUACUGCUGACCAUGGCUAUUUUUGCUUUACUAAAAAUAAAGUACAAGUACUCUGA